AUGGCUACUGAAAGAGAUGAUUCGCUUCAGUCUGUGAGUGUGAGGUUAGAUGACAAGAAUUAUUUCUGUUGGAGUUAUGUGAUGAGAAAUUUUCUUAAGGUUAAAAAGAUGUGGGGAUAUGUCAGUGGAACUUCUGUGAAACUUAGGAAUACUGAUGAGUGUUAUGCUGCUUUGAUAGAUGCCUGGGAAGCAAACAAUGCAAAAAUUAUUACUUGGAUUAACAAUUCUGUUGAGCAUUCCAUAGGUACACAGUUGGCGAAGUAUGAGACAACAAAGGAGAUUUGGGAUCAUCUGCAAAAGUUAUUUACUCAAUCAAAUUUUGCAAAGCAGUAUCAAUUAGAGAAUGACAUACGAGCUCUUCAGCAGAAGAAUAUGAGUGUUCAUGAGUUUUAUUCUGCUAUGACAGCUCUUUGGGAUCAAUUGGCUCUUACAGAAUCUGCAAAAUUAAAGGCAUGUGGUGCCUAUAUUGCUAGUAGAGAGCAGCAAUGGUUGGUACAGUUUUUAACUACACUUCGCAGUGAUUUUGAAGGACUUAUGUGA